GACACUUCACAUUCCUCGCAGAUAUCCGCCGUUGGUGUAAACACAACCCUCUCUUCCUCCCCAGCGCAUGCGAUCUCCCCAAUCUUUCUUCCAGUUCUCACACCACCACCCCCACCAUCGCAACCUAACAUUUUGCAUGUGGAAAUCCUCAACUUCCAAACCGUCAAAAUGUCCUCUCAACCCAGCAACCCAGCCGUAACCUACGACUUCUCCCCCUUCCUCACAACCCCAACUAUCACAUCAUCCCUCUCUCCCCGCUCCCCAGUCUCCGCGAUCCCCAUCCCCGAAACCCUGAUCGCCUCACCCCUCGCCCCCAACCUCGCACCCCACAUCCUGCUUUCCAUCCACGAAUUCCUGACCGGCGACACCCCGUUCCCCUCCUCGCGGCCACCCAUCUCUGCCUCUAAAGUUCUCGCCAAUAACGGCCGCUGGACCGGUCUCGGCUCAAGCUUGGGGAAAGAGAAAGGAGAGGAGGUGUGGAGGAGUUGGAAACGGGCGUUUGAUCUGUGGAAUGGGUAUUAUGUUGAGGGGAGAGUGAAUGAGGGGUGGGUUGGAGAUGAGUAUGAGGGUGUUAAAAAGGAGCUCGAAGAGGCGAGGAAGAGGAAGGUUACUUCUCCUUACAGAACGACGGGCAAGACGCCGCCUGGUGCGUCACAUACACCAUCGCAAAACGGUAACUGGAGUACGCGGGCAGAGAACGGGAAAGAUGAUGCUGGAGCGGUAGGUGGAAUGAGUCUCGGAGACGAUGUAUAUGGAUCGUUUACGCAUCCUAUAAGUCGCGGCGUGCCGCCUGAGCUUUCUCUGCGCCCUGCUGGGGAGGUUGAGAGAGAGGAUGGGAGCACGGGUGGCUUUAUGCCGAUGAAAGUGCUACCCGAGUAUCUCGCGCCGGAUACGGAUGCGUGCGGGAUUUAUCCCGAGGGGUGGGAGGAUGUGCUUGCGAAUACUGUUUGGCGACCACGACGGGUGGGAGAGAAGGAAGUGGAAGUGGGCAUGGAUGGGGAGUGGGGUGGCAAGAGCGAGUUUGAGUUUGAUGGGGGUGUGGAUUGUGGGAGGAGUCCUUAUCCGUGUCUGCGAUAUGUGGUGGAAUAUGUCCGAAGAGACGGCUGCUUCUUGAAAAAGAAAGUCUGGGACCGCGUCACGGGUACCAUCUUCAAUAUGCCCACCAAGCCCGCGCUCCCUCCUUGUAUUAUCGACGAGCAACGUCUGAAAAUGUCAACGCUCUACGGCAAUUUUUACCGCGACAAAGCACCUAGGAAUCGCAAUCCUGAUUACUUCCCGCUUGAUAUCAGGAGAGUGGAUAAAAUCGAUCCUACGACGGGGAAGAGACAUGUUGGGACGCCGUUGUUGGAGGAUGGAGAGGAGUUGGAGCGGUGGCCGUGGAAUAAUCCCGAGGGGACGCUGACGGAAUUGGACAAGAGUGAUCCAUGGUAUGUGGCGGAUGAGCAGCAAGAGUUGGCAUUGGUGCCGCCGAGGAAAUAUCCCCCUGGGAAACUACCUUCCGCGGAGGGUGAUACGCUACUUCCGACUGACGACACGAUCUGGAAGGAGGAGGUAGACAACGACGAUACGUUCUACUCGCAGUAUUUCGUUACGAAUCUCCAUGGCGGGACCUUGGUAGUUAAUGGGCAGGAGGUGAAGUUGGGACAGAUUGCGGGUCCGUUGCCGGAGUUUGCGAUUAUCGAGACGCCGGGGAAUCAGAUUAGUUUUUGGUUUGGUCCCGGAGGGAGGAAUUGGAGGGGCGGGCCGGAUGAUACUCCGACAUAUAGGAGCCAGUGGAAGACGUUGAGACGGAGUCCGGGGUGGGAGAAUGUGGGGUUGACGGCGGGUCAGGUGUGGGAUUUAAAGAUCAGAGAUAGAUUGAGGAGGGAGUAUAUUGGUGCGGAGUAUGCUGACGAUGCCCAAUGGGCCGAAUGGAAAACUCCUGUGGUGAAGGGGAUUCGUGAGUAGACAAGUCGUGUUUGUGGAUUGAGACUAACGUGUUUCAGCGCAAACCUUGGAACAGAAGCCCCCACUAGAGGUGGUGAUCUGGAAUGGCCGACCCGGUACGAGCCCUGCCGACAAUAAACAAACCCCUGAGGACGCUCAACCAGAAUUCUUAACCGAGUUAGAAGAACUUGAAUGGCUUGUUA